CAGCACCACCAUCGCCCUCUUUUCACUGUCGCCAGCCCAUCAUCCACUCUUCCACUACCUUGACGCGUUUGUACUUCAACGCAAUCAACCCUUGGACCGUCAUACCUAGCUCUAAGUUGGUCCACUUGUAGCUCCGUUUACCGCUUAUCAGCAACCAUGGAUCCCUCAGCAGCUCUCUAUCCUCUCAAGUCUCCUACCGGUUCUGGCUUCCGCCGGUCACACACCAAGCAGAUCUCCCGCUGCAAAUCCUUCUACGUACCGCCGUCAGAGCCUUUGAACUGCUCCCCACCCCCAAGCGCGUCUUCUUACGACACCGAGUUUCGACCCCACUCAUACGAUAGUACAGACUCUGGCUACCACAGCUCGAUGGACGCAGGCCACAAGCUAAACAAGUCCCGUUCGCGUCGGGACUUGACAGAGCCAAAGCCCGCCCAGCCCGAAGCGGAGCACGACGCGGCGAAACACAGGUCUAGCUUUGGCUUGAGCUUGCGGUUGCGGAAGAAGUCUGCUCCACCCCUUCCGACAUCCUUCCACUCUGCUGACACCCAUCCACCACUCCCUACCGAAAUGCGGAGAGUGCACCCGAUUCCUCAGGUGCUCGAGCCUAUGUCGUCGCCCUCGAGCCCUGAUGACUCUGAAGAACCCGACCCACCUGACUAUCAGCGUAGACCAUACCUUUUGACACGGGAGGGCAUGCAGUACCAUCCGUAUCCGCGAACUCAAGCACCGUAUAUGCAAUCUUGUGACCAUGAUUUCCAAGACAGUGACGAGCACUCUGAAAGGCUAUUGGCUGCUUUGAAUCCCAACGAAACACCUUCAUUCGUCACCUUUAGCAGUCCACCACAGAAUAUUCUCGAUCUUGGCUGUGGCUCCGGAGGUUGGGCCAUUCGUGCAGCUAACUUCUGGCCAAAAUCACGCGUCAUUGGAUUUGACCUUGUCGAUCCAAAGCAGUUCUUAAGCGAAGAAACACGCGCUCCUACGAACGUUCAGUGGAUGGAAGGCAAUUUCCUUCACAAGCUCCCGUUCCCGAAGGAAUCGUUCGAUCUUGUGCGAAUGUCUAAUCUUGCUCUCGCAGUACCCAAGAAGGCCUGGCCACGAGUAUUCCGCGAAGUUCGGAGGGUACUCACGCCUGGCGGCCAACUCGAACUCAUCCAUGAUGACAUGUGCUUCUCUUACCAUGGCCCUCACCCACCACGAGAGGAGCACCCAUCGCCGUUAUCCCUUUCGCCACGGAAACCAUCUACACCAGUUCCCACGCAUGCUCUCGGUGAAUCUUUCCUGGACACCGAUCCAUAUGAGAGCACGGAAAGUCUCGUUCCUGAUCCGGAACCAGCGCGCAAUUCGUUCUCAUCUGAUGACGUUGACACACUGCCGCCUUACACAGAAUCUACUACCGGCCGGGUGGCAGAAUGGACGAGGAAAGCGCACGAUUCGUGGGAGCUCGAGAAUGUGUUUCGGGACAUGCUUCAUGCGCGACACAUUUCUGAGAGGCCGCAGGAGCGCUUCGAACGGGCGUUUGAUACUACAUUUGGCCGGCAGCACAGCGAACUUGUUACUACCCUCCAUCUUGCGCUUGCUCCACCUGAUGUCGAGAACGAAUUGGAUGAUGGGACCGUCAAGACAAAGACGAAGAGGAGAAAAGCGCUCAAAAACUGGCUUAACGCGAAUGUUUCCAACCAGCGGGAUUCGAUGCUCUGGCAUCGCAGCAGCGAAUUAAACCUACAGGCUGCACCGGUUGACGUGCCGAGUAACUUGAAUGCAAAAGCUGCUGAGCGUCUUGGCAUUGUCGCACCUCGAUCAAGCACCAGCGAAUUCAACUCACCGUCUGCAGCGGCUGACGUACCCAGUAAUUUGAACGCAAAAGCCGCUGAGCGUUUGGGCAUUGUUGUACCCCGGUCUAGCACUACUGACGACGAAGACGAGAAUCAUCCCAAACGCCACAGUGAGGAGAGCCUCGACUUGGGGCCCAGGACGCCUCCGAAGGUUAACUCCAAGGCAAUGGAUCGUUUAGGGAUCAGGCCUUCAUCAGAAAGUGAGCCAGCUACUCAGUCUCCUGGACUGAUUCUGUGGCCAAAUACCUUCAUCCCAAUGGCACCGUACGAGCUCGAGGGACAUGCAUGUAAACAUGUGCAGACUCUCCUCGGUUGUAAGAGCGCCGUGUUUGAUCACUUACGGGCGCAACGGGUGCCUGAAGGCAAGGAGCGCAUUUCGAGAGCAGAAUUUGAGGACAUCAUCUUCUCGUAUGAGUGCUUCCGCCGUGGUCGUUUCAAUUGGCCGGAGACACUCCCUGAGCUCUCGAUGAACUCUCGAGCCACAUUCGCAUUCUCGGACUCGAAGUCAAGCUCCGCCACACGCUCAUGCCAUCAGUAUCGCAGGGACGAUCUGACGUUCGUGCGUGCCAUACAUGUAUACAACGCGACGAAGAUCGACGAUGAAGUCCCUUUCCCCUCUGCAUCUAUCGUUCGCUCAUGAUCGAUGCAUUAUCUAUCCCAUUCUAUCAUCACAUAAUGCAUAUACUGUAUGUUUAUGCAAGCACUAAACCUACAUUCGCCGAUUAUGCUUCAUCAUGGUUUCCAGCACUUUUGCACGUCUCGAUCAGCCCUCUUACUCGCAUUAUAUCAUUUCAAACGCCGCAUCACGCAUAUUUUUU